AUGAGGCUCUGGAGAAACUUCCCCAAAGCCCUCUGCAUCGGGCUGACACUGGUCAUUGUCAAUAUCCUUCUGGGAUUUUAUCCCAAGGGGAUUUUACAAAACUUGAUCCUGGGUCAACUCCAUGAGAAGCUCCCUCUGCCUCUGUCUGAGUCUGAUGGGUCAAUGAUAAAGAAAAUCUCUCGCUUGGAAAUGGAUUUGCAGCUUCUGAAAGAAUCUAUGAAAUUGGCUAAGAUGGAGCAAGAAAAGGUUGACAACCCUCUAAAGACAGCAGUGGAAGCCAAGGCGAGUAAGACAAAGCAGCACAGACCUUACAAGAAACUCUUCCCCUACUCAUGGCUCUUCAAGCAGUGGGGGGAAGAUCUCUCCGAGGCCCAACAGAAAGAAGCCGAGGACCUCUUCCAGAAAUUUGGUUACAACGUUUACCUCAGUGACCGCUUACCCCUCAAUCGCAGCAUCCUGGACACACGAGAUUCCAGGUGUCUUCAGAAGACAUAUUCUUCCCAACUCCCAUCCCUCGGUGUCAUCCUCAUAUUCAUGGAUGAAGCUCUGUCCAUUAUACUGCGGGCCCUCACCAGCAUCAUCAACCGGACCCCCGCUCGCCUGCUGAAGGAGAUCAUCUUGGUGGAUGACUGCAGCUCAAAUGGAGAACUACAGGAAGACUUGGAUAAGCAGAUUAAGCUUCACAACCAGAAGCAUCCAGGAUUGCUGAAGAUAAUACGGCAUACCGAGAGAAGAGGUCUUGCUCAAGCACGCCACACUGGCUGGGAAGCUGCCACGGCUGACGUGGUUACCAUCUUGGAUGCUCACAUUGAAGUGAACAUUGGGUGGGCAGAGCCCAUCUUGGCUCGGAUUCAGGAAGACAACACCGUGAUUGUGUCUCCUGUGUUUGACAACAUUCGUUUUGACACUUUCAAGCUGCUGAAGUAUGAGGUGGCAGUUGAUGGGUUUAACUGGGAACUCUGGUGCCGCUAUGAUUCCUUGCCACAGGCCUGGAUUGAGCUGCAUGAUGCCACGGCUCCAAUAAGGAGUCCUUCCAUCAUGGGCAUCCUGGCUGCCAACAGGCUCUUCUUGGGAGAGAUUGGGUCCCUGGAUGGUGGAAUGCUGGUCUAUGGAGGAGAGAACGUGGAACUUAGUCUGAGGGUGUGGCAGUGUGGAGGGAAGAUCGAGGUCCUGCCCUGCUCACGGGUGGCUCACCUGGAGAGGCACCACAAGCCCUACGCCCAGGACCUGAGCCCGGCCAUGAAACGCAACGCGCUGCGAGUGGCCGAAAUCUGGAUGGAUGAGUACAAAUACAUGGUCUACGCCGCCUGGAACAUCCCCGUCAAGAACUCUGGAAUCAAUUACGGAGACAUUUCCUCCAGAAAGGCGCUCCGGGAGAAACUGAAAUGUAAAACUUUUGACUGGUAUCUGAAAAAUGUUUAUCCACUCCUGAAGCCAAUCCACAACAUGGUGGGCUACGGAAGAAUGAAAAACUCACUGGAUGGAACCAUUUGUCUAGAUCGGGGACCUGUUCCAGGCCACACCCCCAUUAUGUAUUCUUGCCACGAAUUUGGUUCGCAGAAUGUCUACUACCUCCUAACUGGGGAAUUCUAUGUGGGACCCUUGAUUGCACAGACAGAUGCUGAUGAUUUCUGCUUGACGGACCCUGGCAUAGGGGAGCAGCCCACUUUAGAGCCAUGUUCCAAGGCAGCCAAAAAUGGACUGCACAUACAUUGGAAUUUUCGGCAGGGGGGAGCUGUCAUAAACAGAGCCACCAAAAGGUGCCUGGAGAUCACAAAGGACACUUCAGGGACCUAUGUGCUUGUGCUGCAGAUCUGCACCACACAAGUGUGGGAAAUACAGCAUACUCUCAGAAACUGGGAGUCCCAUAACGGGACCAUCCUAAGCGAGCUUUGA